CUGACGUGGCGCAAAUACAUCUAUGUCCUUUCCAGCGUGGCGUUCCAGUGGCCGACUGGAGAUGAGCGGCGGAGACGACGACGACUCGGCAGGCUGAAUCAAGAGCAGGGGGCAGCGGUGGAAUUUGCUCGACAUUUUCGUUCUCUGCGUGCAAGGAUGGACAUCAACUCAGCAACUUAUGUACAGCCCGGUUUUGUCAAGCUCGAAAGACAGCAUGCUCCUGGUGUGAGGGUUGGGAGACUGAACUGGCUGACAAUUCAGUCUUGGUCAAGGAACAGAGUUACUGGCUUGUCUACUUUACCAGUGAAAGCAUCUUCCGCUAGUAAGGAACAUGAGAAGAGAUCACCAGUGGUUAAAAUGUGUGGCAUAACGUCAGCUAGAGAUGCUGUAAUCGCUGCAGAAGCUGGAGCUAAUUAUAUAGGGAUGAUUCUGUGGCCCAACUCUAAACGAUCAAUUUCACUUUCUGUUGCAAAAGAAAUUUCAAAAGUUGCAAGGGAAAAUGGAGAGCAACCUGUCGGUGUAUUCGUUGAUGAUGAUGCAGAAACGAUAAUGAGAGCUGCUGAAGUUGCUGAUCUUGAAUUUGUUCAGCUUCAUGGGUCUGGUUCACGUGGCAAGGGAUUCAACUGGGCUCAGUUUAAGUUACCUCCAAUACGAAGCAAGCAUGGCUGGCUAUUAGCAGGGGGGAUAAAUCCCGAAAACGUUUCUGAAGCUUUGAGAACCCUUCAGCCUGAUGGCAUAGACGUUAGCAGUGGCAUUUGUGGCUCAGAUGGAAUCACCAAGGAUCAAUCCAGAAUAUCCUCAUUCAUGAGUGCCAUACGUUAAGGUUCCCAAGUCCCCCCAUAUCACUAGCCAAACUGAUGUUGAUUCAAUGAUUUCUGAGAAGACGAGAAGUUGAAGAAAUAAGACGGCAAUCACAGGUGAGAAGAAGAAGACAGAAUCAUAGGUGAGAACCAUAAGAAGAAAACACUUCUGCGUCAUGCAAGGCUUCUAACAGGAAGGCUCGAGCUAGUGAAUAGGAUUCACUCUUCUUUUUGCGCAGAGAGCACACUUUCAUCAUUCUAUCCACCUCCUCCUAUGGCUGGUGUGGGCAGUGUAUGUUGUUAGUUUAGACAGUCAAACAUUGUGUUCAUGUAAACUCAGGUGUUCUUUGUAUUC